ACUCAUCAAAAACACCUUGUGUAAUGAAAAACCCAGAUCUAUAACCUCUCCCUAUAUAUUCUGGAUGCAUUGAGGUAGGCUCAAACCCUCAGGGACCUGGUGUAGACGCAGGAUCUGUUUCACACAACUGCCAUUUGAAGGAAAAAAAAGAAGCAAAUGAUACCAAGACAAGCUCCUAAGAGAGAUCUAAUCAGCAGAUGUGUACGGAUGAAAAUACAGUGAGAUGAGUCAGAAAACGGCCAAGGAGGGUCCCAGACUCUCCAAAAACCAGAGGUACUCCGAGCACUUCAGCAUCCACUGCUGCCCGCCGUUCACCUUCCUCAACUCCAAGAAGGAGAUAGUGGAUCGGAAAUACAGCAUCUGUAAGAGCGGCUGCUUCUACCAGAAGAAGGAGGAGGACUGGAUCUGCUGCGCCUGCCAGAAGACCAGAACCAGGCGCCGCGCCACGUCCCCUCAGAGGCCCAAGAAACAGCCAGCUACGCCCCCCGCGGUGGUCAGAGCGCCAGCCAAGCCACGGUCCCCUCCGAGGUCAGAGCGUCAGCCACGCCCCCGCCCAGAGGUCCGACCGCCGCCCGCCAAGCAGCGUUCCCCUCAGAAGGCCAAGCAACCGCAGCGCAGCAGCCCCGUCCGAGGGCCGGGCGCCAGCCGCGGGGGGUCCCCCGUCAAAGCUCCUAGGUUCUGGUAACACCAUCUCUUCCCUUGUGCUCCCCCAGCCCUAAGAUUGAAAAGAAGGAUUAGGCCAACCCCAAAGAAGAAGUGACCAAGGAGGAGUUUAAAGUGAAUGAAUGGCCUCGGCUCCUGGACUCAUUGCUUCACAACCCAUCUACCCUUGGACAAGUUAUCUGGCUUCAAAUAUUAUGCAAGGGCAAACACCUGCUGAUGCAGCAACUGCUGAUGCUCAUGGUCCGCGUGGCAUGGGGGCCUCAGGGCAGCCUGCCUGGAGAUCUUGUCCCUGGCUGUUAACUCUGAUUCUUCCCAAACCAGCCCUACUCUGACUUACGCAGUUUCCUACCAUCAAACUGCCAGCAAUGACGCCUGCACUUGGAAGAUGCCAUCCCAUUGUCUUCUGACCUCUAUAAUUGCCACUGAGAGAUCUGCUGUCAGUCUGCUUAUCCUUCCAUGGACUCAAGUUUCUUCAAUCUGAAGAUAUAUGUCUUUCUUCAGGGACAUGUGGAAAAAAAAAAGAUGUUGCACAACCGUCAAAAUUGCAAAAAUAAAAAAAAAUCAAGUGUUGGCAAAGAUGUGGGGAAAAUUCUCAUAGCUACUGAUGAGAAUUUAUUAUGACACCUUUAAAUUGCAAUCUGGGGAUACUAGCAAAGGAGGAAAUUGUAUAACCUGUGAUGAAGCAAUUACAAUUUUAGGCACCCAUUCUAGAGAAAACUUGAAUUCAUAGAAAAAGGAGACACACAUAAAUCUGUUCGAUGAAUCAUUGGCAUUAAAAAGAGAAGAGAGAGUUAAAAAAUUUUUAACCAAAAUGUCCACCAAUAAAAUGAGUGAAUCACCUGUGGUAUAUUCAUAAAUAAAAAUCUUAAGUAGCAGUUAAAACAAAUCAGAUAUACACACAUUGAAUAGAUAAAUUUAGAGCACAAAAUGAGGAACAUAAAAAGCAAAUAGCAGAUGGCAAACAUAAUAUAAUGUACUAUGCAUAAAUUUUAACAAAGCACAAUAGUAUAUUGCAUAUUGCCCAAUAAGCAGAAGCCGUGAGGUCUCAUACUUUCCUUAUAAUACAAUAGAAUAAAAAUGACAACAAAGUAAAAGGGUAUCCCAAAAAUAAAACUAUCAGGAAAAAAAAAUUUUAAAUAACUCCUGGUUUGAAGAAAUAACAGAAAGUAAAAGCUAUCUAUAAAUGGUUAACAAUUUUAGGUGGUCAUAUUUGUUUGAAGAGAUAGGUGGAAUAUAGAUGACAAGCCUGGGGUAUCUUCAAGGUUAUACGUCUUAGAAAACAAAAAUACUUGUUUGGGUUUAAUUUUGGAUCUGGUCUCGUUCUUGUGGCUCCAGAUGAUUUCUGACAUGGAGAAAAAUGGGGAAGAGUUGAAAUACAUCCUUCCACCCAAACCCUCCUUUAGUAAUAGCUAAGAAAAUGCAGAAGAAAAUAGAAUGUUGCAGAAUGUGGAGGGAUGUAAAAUGGACAGUACUAGGGUAGAGGGAAGCUCAGAUUACAGGAAAGAAAGAGCACUUGAGAACCAUCUUGUGCUAGGAACUGCUGUGUCCAAGCACAGUCAGAUGCCAAAAGAUCCAACAAGGCCAUGGCUCUGUGCCCUUGAGUGAGCACAACCAUUCCUAGCCAAGUUUAAGAGGCAAGUAAAAAUAUGGGAGCAAUGUCAGACAAAGUCUUGUUCAAGUUAUGGGGCUAGGAUGAGAGAGAAUGCCACAGAGUAGGGAGGAAGAGCGAUAGAUCCAGGUGAAAUACAGCUCAGAGUGCCAUGACCCCAGGAAGAAGAAUCAGGCAAGUACUGUCCCAAGGCAGCUAGAGGGUGAGGGCAGAGUGUCCUGGUUUCCUUACUUGGGGAUACCAUGGCUAUCUGUGGAAAUUCCAAUAAAAAGGCAGGAAAAUUUGACUGGAUGGAAUCCAGGUAGAAAUGUUUCUCUUGCCUAAAUUCAGGUGCUAAAUAAACAACAAAAUGGUAACCUCUGCUAUGAAGCAUUUCCAAUAAUGGGAUAUCUGAGGCCAUUACCUUCCUGGAAUAACAUGGUGAGGUGCAGAGUGGUGGUGGUGGUGAAACAUUCGCCAGACCACGGUAAGUGAGAGCAAAUUACUGGCCCGGCCCAACCCACACCUAAUAAGAAAUUUAAUAUCCCUUUGGCCUGUUUUAGAUUUUGGCAAAGCUAGGCCCAUAGUCAGCGCUUGCUGGGCUCUCCCUUCCACACCAUCCAGAAAACGUACAUUUACUGUGGAAUGAUUGUGGAGGUGAGAGUAUAGUGCAUAUUAAUUCAUGCAAAAAAUUAGAUGUUAGUGCAGAAAUGUAAAUGACAAGAAACUACUGAAUUCUCUGUCUGUUGUGGAAAUAAAACCUUCUGGGGAUGAAUCAAAA